UGACGGCAAGAAUUUUCCCGGAAAAUAACUCUUUUCUUUUCUCCUUUUUGGUUUACAGAGAAAAGAAAAAACAAAGGAGAAAGUCUUCUCUUUCGUAUUGUCAAGUCUUCGUCUUUUACCAAGUGUGGGAGAGAGAAGAAGAAGACGAUCCAACCAAUCACUCUUUCUUCUUUUUGUUUACUUCUUCUUCUGCAAAUUCCUUUUUUUUCCCCCCAGAAAAAAUUGUUUGCUGAUUUUUCUUUCUCCCAUCGUCACUUUUCUUAAAAAAUCUCUGACCAAAAUUCGAGUAAAGUCUCGUUCUUUAAGCUAAAAGGAGCUAGCUUUAUGUGAUCAAAUUGUUCUAUAUUUUCAGGAGAUGUGUUCUUGUCUCACGCGGUUUGUGAUUUUAAUUAUUUAAGCCAGUAAUGGGGGCUUAGGGGGGUCUUUUAUCUUAUCCUCGUAAUUGCUGUAAUAAGUAGUUUCUAAAUCAGGCAAUUUUAGGAAUUAGGGCUUUUUUGUGUUUUUGUGUGUGUGUUUGCUCGAAUCGGUAAAAAGAAGAUGGUUUUAAGAAAGUUAUUGCCUUUAACAUCAACGAGUCCUAAAAGGGGUAAUAAUCAGGAAAGUGAAGAUGAUGAUGAAACUAGUAGUAAUUAUAGAAUUGAUUAUUCAUUCGCCUCUGAGUAUAAAGGCCCUCUUAUUGCUAAUUUGCCACGAGCUCUUCCCGUUGAAGUUGAUGAGAUCCCCACGGCUCAACCUGUUUCGUUUUCUUCCUUGUCGAGUGGUAUCUCUUACCCAGUGGCUCAACCUCUCGUUAGGACUACUAAUAGGGUUACCAAGAAACCUUCUCAACCUGUAACUGAGAAGAAGAAGAAGAAUGGUUUUGUUGAUUCUCCAGGUGCUUCUAGUGUGGUUUUGAUUGGGAGUGAUGUUGUUUCUGGCUCGUCAUCAUCUUCAUCAUCACCAAAGGGAUUGGAUGUAUCAGAAGUAGCGAAAGAUUCAGUUGAUUUACCGUUAUCACCAUCAUCACCAUUGUCUGCAUCAGUGAGAGGGGAGGAUACAUUAGAUGAUGGAAGAGCUUCGGAUGUGGGAUCAGAUUGUUCCAUUGGAGAGGAGGCCGAUGGAGAACGUGCAAAUCAUGUGAGAUUCGUUGAACCAUUUCAGAGAAGUGAAUGUGGUGAAAGCUCUUACCUUUCUGAUGGACAAAGUAUAGCUGCAACGCCUAAAGCUGAAAGGAAAGGUAAAAGAGGAUCUUGUUACCGAUGCGCGCUAGGCAACCGGUUUACUGAGAAGGAAGUCUGUAUCGUCUGCGAUGCCAAAUACUGUUAUAACUGUGUGCGCAGAGCCAUGGGUGCAAUGCCUGAAGGAAGGAAGUGUCAAACUUGCAUUGGUAUUAGGAUCGAUGAGUCGAAGAGAAAAAGUCUCGGAAAGUGUUCAAGAAUGCUCAAGCGUCUUCUCACGGAUUCUGAACUUCGAGAUGUCAUGCAUGCUGAGACCUCCUGCAAGGCGAAUCAGUUGCCUUCGCGGCUUAUCACUGUCAAUGACAAGCCUUUAAGUGAAGAUGAGCUUUUCACGUUGAAGUCAUGUCCACAUCCACCCAAGAAGCUAAAACCGGGAGACUAUUGGUAUGAUAAGGUUUCUGGCUACUGGGGAAAGGUAGGAGAGAAACCUUGUCAGAUUAUAAGUCCUAACAAGAACAUCGGAGGUAGUAACAUCAAGAAGAACGCAAGCCAUGGCGACACUGGAAUUUGUAUUAAUGGCCGGGAAAUAACCAAGUCAGAACUCAUGAUGCUCAAGAUGGUGAAUGUUCAAUGUGAAGGAAACCCUCAUUUUUGGGUCGAUUCAGAUGGUACGUACCAGGAAGAAGGUCAAAAACGUUCCAUUGGGAACAUCUGGAAUAAGAAAAGAGCAAGACUGGCUUGUGCUCUGUUCUCUCUGCCAGUUCCUCCGGCUUCAUCUGCAGUAGAACCAUGUGAUAUGCCCAUGUAUGAGCAGAAAAUGCUUAACAAGCUUCUUCUGAUUGGUAAUGAGAAAUGUGGCGCCACUACAAUAUAUAAACAAGCAAGGUCUCUCUAUGACAUCCCAUUCUCUGUAGACGACCGUGAAAGAGUCAAAUUCAUAAUCCAAACAAAUCUCUAUACCUAUCUGGCAAUGGUUCUUGAGGCACAUGAAAGGUUUGAAAAAGAGAUGAGUAGUGACCAGCCUUCAGAUCAAACAGGCAAUAUGGGAGAUGAGACAAGUCCUAAAACAGUUAGCUCGAUCAACCCGAGACUAAAACAUUUUUCAGAUUGGCUUCUAAAAGAAAAGGAAGACGGAAACCUGAAGAUAUUUCCACCAUCAAGCCGCGAGAAUGCACAAACCGUUGCAGAUCUCUGGAGAGUACCGGCUAUUCAAGCCACCUACAAAAGGCUUCGCGAUACACUUCCCAGAAACGCCGUUUAUUUUCUUGAACGAAUUCUUGAGAUCUCGAGAUCAGAAUACGAUCCUUCUGAUAUGGACAUAUUGCAAGCGGAAGGACUAUCCUCCAUGGAAGGACUUCCUUGUGUGGACUUCUCAUUCCCAUCAACUUCUCAGGAAGAGAAUCUUGAGAGCGAUUAUCAACACGAUCCAGACAUGAAGUACCAACUCAUCCGGUUAAGUCCGAGAAGCCUUGGUGAAAACUGGAAAUUGCUGGACAUGUUUGAAGACGCUGACUUGGUAAUAUUCUGUGUCUCACUAACAGAUUAUGGAGAAUACAUAGAAGACGGUGACGGGAAUGUUGUGAACAAGAUGAUUGCAAACAAACAGCUUUUUGAGAGCAUGGUGACUCACCCGACCCUGUCUAAGAAAAGGUUCCUUUUGGUUCUAACCAAAUUUGAUCUCCUAGAAGAAAAAAUCGAGGAGGUUCCUCUAAGAACCUGUGAGUGGUUCGAAGACUUCAACCCGUUGAUAAGCCAGAACCAGACGAGCAGGCACAACCCUCCAAUGGCUCAGCGUGCUUUCCAUUACAUUGGUUAUGAGUUCAAGAGACUGUAUGACUCACUCUUGGAACCGUAUUCGAUGCGUGGAAGGAGCUUUAGGCCAAAGCUGUUUGUUUCCCAAGUGAGCUUGGAGAGUGAUAGUGUGGACAAUGCACUGAGAUAUGCGAGAGAGAUUCUCAAGUGGCAUGUUGAAGAAACUUCCAUGUUCCAAGAGAUGUCUACUACUAGCAUCGAGGCCAGCUCGUCCUCUUGAUAUUUUUUUCCCUAAAAUUCUUUCUUUCUUUCUUUCUUUUACAUAGUUUGUGUGCAUGUUUUUGUGUGUGUAUUGUAUGUAGUGCCAAGAUACAUUCAUGUGUUGAUUUCUCAGGUAAAACCAAAAAAAAAAAAAGAGAAAUAAAGUGAAGUGAAUUACACCA